AUAGGCCCAGCUACUCACCCACGUUUUACCGCUUACCGACAGAACUUCCCCACUCCCACGCCAUCUCACUCCACAAUGCCGACAAGAUGGUGCCUCCACAGGCUUGGCCCUUGCACAGCAUAUGCAUGCACCUGCAACGCAUACGCAUGUCUGGACUGCGAAGCGGAAUGUCAUCCUCGGGACUUCGGAACAUCCUGUCCUGGCAAAACGGUGGUCCACUCACGUGCAUGUCAUCAUACCGUCGACGAUCCUAACACCUCUUGUUCCACGGCCACAUUCGCCUUCAACUCCAGUGACUGAACAGCACAAGCAGGCGACCUCUACAUCAUGUCAUCACGAAAGUUACGAACGAGAAGCAUAACAACAUCGCCGUCAAGUGCAUCCCCACGUGCAAAGAGAAGAAAGACCCAAUUACAAAUCGAGUUUCAGCGGAGCACAGAAAGAACGCCCCUUCCAGAAAAUCAGUCAGCAUUGCUAUUACAUGCAAUCCGUCAACCGUACGGUAUAUCAACAGAACACGAAGUCCCGGAGAUACAACACGACCAUGAACUACUGGUCAAGGUCAACGCUGCAGGGCUAAAUCCAAUUGACUGGAAAGCACCUGACUACAAUUUUGGCAUCCCAAGUCUACCAUAUGUAUCUGGGCGCGAACUGGUAGGUACUGUUGUCAAAGCCACCAAAACGCCCAACUCCCGCAUACGCGAAGGCGAUAUCGUCGUCGUGCCAUCAACCGACUACCGCGAUCUUCGUAAAGCUGCAUUCCAAGAAUAUAGCAUCGCGUCGUCAUUCAAUGCUAUUCGACUACCUCGGCACAUCUCAAUCAACUCUGGCAGCAUACUAGGGGUGGCCUUCAUAUCAGCAGCGCUAGCACUAGGCAUAUGCAUGGGUGUCAAUUUUGAGUCCAUCGAGGAUGGCCCAGACCUACUGGAUAUUGUGCGAAACAUUGAUCCUGAAAGUCUUCCCGCAGAUAUCCGUGAGGAGUGUCUGAGCGGUAUCGGAAAAGCCGAGAGAGCAAAAUCUGGGGACUUUCUUGUCAUAUGGGGAGGUAGCUCGACGUGCGCACAUGUUACGAAGCAAAUCGCACGGCUGGCUGGAUUGAAGAUCAUCUCGGUCGUCGACGGGGCUAAGCAUGGUCUGCGAGUCUCUUCCAGUACGACAAUACGCCCCGAUUUGCUAAUCGACUCUCAUAACCCUGAGAGAGCGAUUAGUAUCAUCAAAGCGGCAACUGGUGAGCGAGCGCGCUUCGGGUUCGAUACGGAAGGCAAGGAAACAGCUGGACAUCUUCUCAAAUCACUCGCUACCUCCUCUCCAACAGUUUCUGCGCUUCCAGAAGGCAAGAAGCCAUUCCAGCGCAAGGACUCGAAGCUCAUUACACCACCAGCAACGCCUUUAGGGACUUCUUCAGAAUUGCAAAACUCCCAUCUGGUUGGGUUGACUGGGCUACCGAAGACCGACAUACCCGAGGGUGUCGCACUUCACACUGUCCCGAUCAAGCUAUAUCAUGAGGUUGCAGAAGUGGGAGAAGCACUUAGCGCUUGGUGUGAGAAGCUGCUUGGCAAAGGGUUGUUGGUGCCACCAGAUGUCGUCGGAACCGUGGCCGGACUGGAAGGCAUCAACAAGGGGCUUGAUCGAAUGAGGAAAAGGGAGAUUAGUGGAGGCCGAUUGGUGGCUGUGCUGCGAUGAUAUUGAUUAUUACAAUUAAGGUCAAAAGUUUCACAUGGGUCUGUUUUAUUGCCACUUAGCAUGUGUUGGAGUACAAGCAUAAUAUUUGAUGCGUUUCAAAAGCAACAAGUUUGGUGUGAUUAUGGUGAUAGUAUAAGUUUGCUCAGCAUCAACGUUCAAAUCUCUAGCGAACAAGUU